AUGCGUCCCUCCCUCCUCCCCAUUAUUCUCGCCGCCUCCCUGGCUCCCAUGUGCCUCGCCCAAGCCCCGGACGGCACAAUCGAACUCCCAUACGGCUCGACCGGACGCAUCUACAGCGGUGAUCGCUGUGUCACUCAAGACGGAUGGCUGACUACACCUGAUUCGCCCGACACGCCCUGUUCCACCUUCAUGGUCGAGAGGAACGGGUGUCUGAUAAGUCAGGGGUUUCGCAGGAACACCCUGAUCGUCGUCCCCGGUGCACCCCAUACGGUGGUUGGCACUCCCGAUGAACUCACAAUGGAUAUCUGGUUGCAGGUCCCCGGCCCAGAAGGCGAUUCCUACCGCGACCUUGUCUGGUUCACCAGUCGCGAGCAGGACGGGCGUUCCAUUACCUACGGCCCAGAGUGGUGGCUUAACCCCGGAGUCGAAGACGGUCCCAAUUAUCUCCAGGGUGAUGCUCGGAGCGCUGGUGUUAUUGUGACUUUGGAACUGAGGAUUACGCGCGACCCUGAGCAGGCGUAG